GAGACGUUCUGUCAGAGACAGAAGAGAAAAAGAGACACCCCACUCGCUGUAUUUUCCUGGUUCAAUUAACGUCAAUGAACUAAGUAGACCCGACCAGGCCCAGCUGCAAUCGCAUUGGAGUCUGAGAGACGCACCCAGUUAAGUAGACCGGAACUGAUCAUUUGUUUCAAUGGUAAACGGCUUGUGUGAACUAUCUUCAUUUAUCCACCAUCUUUGUUACUGUCUGCUGCUCUUCCAUCGGAAAAGAUGGCUGCCUCGGCAGCAUCGGCGGGUUCUACCCCCGGUUUUUGCCCAAGCUACGCCGUGAUAUGCUCUUUUCUAGAGCGGUAUGGAACCUUGCUUGAUUUACCGGAGCUUACAUUUCCACAGUUGGAGCGAUAUCUCCAAGAUACAAUCUCAGUUCCAAAGAUCUUGGUGGACCUUCACGUGAAGUUGUUGAGGAAGAUUGGCAAGUCAGUGUCCGCAGACAGAUGGGAGAAGUACCUUGUGAAGGUGUGCCAUGAGUUCAACAGUACUUGGGCAUGGGAGCUUGAAAAUAAAGGAUACAAGGACAUGUCUGUGGAGUACAAGACUGGAAUCCUCAAACAUUUGUGUGAAUGCCAGUUUGAUGACAAUGUAAAGUUCAAGACAGCAAUCAAUGAGGAGGAUCCUGAUAAGAUGCGGCUUCUCCCCAUUGGCAAGGACAAAGAUGGCCUGAUGUACUGGUUCCAACUUGACCAGGACAAGAAUGUGAGGGUCUAUGUGGAGGAGCAGGACGACCUGGAUGGGUCUUCCUGGAAGUGCAUUGUCAGAGACAGAAACAGCUUGGCUGAGAUCCUGGCACUGCUAAAGACUCAAAUCGACCCAGCACUGUUGACAAAGAAAGAAGGAGAGGAGGAAGAUGAGGCGAAAAAUAAUACUGGGGGAGAAGGGGAAGUUAAAAAGACAGAGGAUACCUCAGAGGAUGAAGAGGACAAACCCUCCAAGGGAACAACUUCCUUAGUCUCUCCAAAAACCGAGAUUACAGAAAAAGAGGAAUCACAACUAGACGAAUCAGAUGCCAAAUCCAUAUUGAAUGGCCUCAAAGAUGAGUCAGAGUCAAAAAGCCAAUCAGAGGAGCCUAUGGUGGAUGACAAGGUCACCAUAAACACCCGGGCCAUCAAAGAAGAGCCAAUGGAGGUGUCAGAAUCCAAGGAGAGCACAGCCACAAAUGCUACAGAGCCUCUUGCAGAGAAACCUUGUCUGACGCCACAAACAGAACAGACAGAUGAAGCCAAGAGGAAGACUGCAAAUGAACUCCAAAGGGCCAUGAAGAAUGACCAGCAGGCCAAAAUCCCAUUGAAAAAGAGAGAGAUGAAACUUUGUGAAAAUUUUGAAAAUAAUAGUGGCGGUGGCAGUAGUAUCUUUGUGCGAAACCCAUCUGUUGCUCCUGUCAAAGAAGCUCCUGAAGUUGAGGAGACAAGUAAAGAGAUCUCUGAUGCCCCGGUGGGGACGAUAGAGUGUAUAAGUGAUCAAAUGAAUGGUGAUGCUCAGCCUACAACAGAAACAAGUGUCAAUAAUGGUUUAAGAGACUCUGUUGAUGGCAAAAAACAGCAAACAAAAGCUGCUGCUGGGGAAGAACGUAAAGCAGCAGAAGCUAGUGCAAAAGAGAAAAUAAACCUGGACAAGGAGAAAGAGGAGAUGGCAAGCAACACUGAGGUGGCCAUGGCCAAUGAAACAAGUCUACAGAAAAUGGUUCCAGCAGAAAAGGAAAGCACUGAAGAUUCAGAGGAAGUAAAAAAAUCUGCCUUAAAAGAGCCUAAAUCUCCGUCCCCUCUAAUGACAAAGCCAUUGACUUCAUCUAAGGAUGCAGCAAGCCCACCGGAGAAGCACUCUGAUUGUAAAGAGGAACAAAAUGUCAAGGUAUCCAAGUGGGAUGUAAAAGUGUGUCGUACAGAACACACAACCUAUAUAUCAAUAGAAACCGAUGAAAACCCUUUGUCUAGUAAGUCACAGAAACCAGAUGAAACUAAAGGAACAGAUUCAUCCAUUACCUCUCAAGAGGUCAAGUCAGCUGUCUCUAAGGAAACAGACAAAACUGUUGUGAAUAAGGACGGUUAUCCCCUUUCUGUCGUGAAAGAUAUGGAAAAACCACCCUGCACAAAAGGUACAGAAAAGUGGUCAAACCCUGAAAACCCAGAAACCUCAGUCAUUACUAAACAAACCGGGAGACCUGACCCAAUUACAGAGAAACCAGACCACUCUAAUUGCAUAAAGAUGCCAACCGUCGUAAAAAAUACAGAGAAACCACCCGACAAAGAGGGUGUAGAGAAAUGUGAUGUUUCUAAAGAUAUCAAAACUGUAAUUAAAAAGACAGAGAUUUCAGAAAAGAGUAAAGAUGCUGAGAACCUGGCCAUCUCUCAAGAGACCAAUACGUCCAUUAAAAUGACAGUGAAACCAGAGGCAUCUAAACAUACAGAGAAAUGUGAUAACCCUAAAGACAAUAAAAUGUCAGCUGUCACCAAGGAGAAACCUGCUGUAGGCACAGAUGCAAAGGCUGCCUCUGAGGUGAAGAAAAAAGCUGUCCUGGAGAAAGUUUUCUCAGCGUCUAUCUGUAAAGAUGAAAUGAGAACUGUUGCUAAAGCGACGAAGACACAAUCUGGACCAAAAGACAUGGAGAUGGCAGACGUCUCUGAGAAAACAACCCAAUCACAACUGGGUGAACCCAAAAAGGUAGAGAAAUCGGCUACCCCUAAAGAUAUUGGGAAAUCGGUUACCCCUAAAGAUGCAGAGAAAUGUGCUACCCCUAAAGACACAGAGAAAUCUACUAAAUUGGUUACCCCUAAAGAAGGUGGGAAAUUGGCUACCCCAAAAGACACAGAGAAAUCAGCAAUGCCUAAAGAUACAGUGAAAUAUGCUAAAUCGGCAGCACUUAAAGACGCAGAGAAAUUGGCUACCCCAAAAGACACAGAGAAAUCAGCAAUGACUAAAGAUACAGAGAAGUCUGCUAAAUCAGCUACACCUACCCCUAAAGAUGCAGAGAAGUCUGCUAAAUCCGCUACACCUACCCCUAAAGAUGCAGAGAAGUCUGCUAAAUCAGCUACACCUACCCCUAAAGAUGCAGAGAAGUCUGCUAAAUCCGCUACACCUACCCCUAAAGAUGCAGAGAAGUCUGCUAAAUCAGCUACACCUACCCCUAAAGAUGCAGAGAAGUCUGCUAAAUCAGCUACACCUACCCCUAAAGAUGCAGAGAAGUCUGCUAAAUCAGCUACAUCUACCCCUAAAGAUGCAGAGAAGUCUGCUAAAUCCGCUACACCUACCCCUAAAGAUGCAGAGAAGUCUGCUAAAUCAGCUACACCUACCCCUAAAGAUGCAGAGAAGUCUGCUAAAUCCGCUACACCUACCCCUAAAGAUGCAGAGAAGUCUGCUAAAUCCGCUACACCUACCCCUAAAGAUGCAGAGAAGUCUGCUAAAUCCGCUACACCUACCCCUAAAGAUGCAGAGAAGUCUGCUAAAUCCGCUACACCUACCCCUAAAGAUGCAGAGAAGUCUGCUAAAUCAGCUACACCUACCCCUAAAGAUGCAGAGAAAAUCACACCUACCCCUAAAGAUGCAGAGAAGUCUGCUAAAUCAGCUACACCUACCCCUAAAGAUGCAGAGAAGUCUUCUAAAACCGCUACACCUACCCCUAAAGAUGCAGAGAAGUCUGCUAAAUCUGCUACACCUACCCCUAAAGAUGCAGAGAAGUCUGCUAAAUCAGCUACACCUACCCCUAAAGAUGCAGAGAAGUCUGCUAAAUCCGCUACACCUACCCCUAAAGAUGCAGAGAAGUCUGCUAAAUCAGCUACACCUAUCCCUAAAGUCGCAGAGAAAUCGGCUAAAAACACAGAGACGAUCUCUAAAAAGAUUGUUCUAUCUUCUAGGGGACAGAAACCAGACACUGAAGAAACUGAGAAACUGGCAGACACAAAGCCAGUUGCAGAAAAAGGAGAGAAACUUGUCACCUUUCAGGACGCCAAGCAAUUACCCUCUCUCAAAAAGUCUGUCCCAGUGGAGGUGAAACAGGAGGAGCCUAUGGAAAUGUGUUCGGAAAAGUCAACACAUGACAACAUAAAGAUCAAGGGACAUGCUGAAAAAGGCUGGCCUAAAAAGGCUGUUAAAAGUGGAGUGAAGUCUGAAACCAACCCUAUCAAAGACCCAAAGCCCAUGAACUGUGAUGCAUCAUCAGAAAAACAGGCUAUUAGUAAGAAGGCAUCAUCUCUCACUGAGGGUGAGACGGACAAAAGCCAGGACAAAGUAAUCAAGGAAGAUGCCACAACACAGGGAUGCCCCCCAAAAGAGGAUGGGAGUAAGCCUGAUCAUCCUAAGAAAAAUGAGAAAAUGGAGGAUGAUGGAACUGAGAAAGAUGACAAAAAUUCAACGGUAGAAGAGAAAUUGGUUCAGGCAAAAGCAAGUGAGGGGCAUGAGGAAGAUGAUAACAAAGAAGAUGAGGACAAGGGUGAAAAAAAGGAUGCGGGAACAACAUCAGAGAUCCAAGAGGAGGGAAUUCGCCUGAAAAUACGCGGGAUUACCCACCGGAGGAGUGCUGAGGUCCAGAGAAAGGAGAGGGACUCUGGGUCAGAUACUGGUGAGACUGGGAGAUCCCUGAGGAGGUCACCCAGGAUCUGCAGGCCGACUGCUAAGGGGGUGGAGUUCCAGGACAGGAGGAUGGAGAAGAAAGAGGCCACACCCCCUGUAGAGAAGGGUGAUGAGGAGAAAACUGUUCAGAGGAAACCGAGAGAGAAGGUUGAUCAAGAUGGACUGUACAAAUCUAAGGGACGACGGAGGAGAAAGACCCGGUGGUCCAACACUCGAACACAAAGGCGCAAAAAUAAUGAUUCUGGUGAAGACGAUGAAAGUGAGUCGAGUGAAGAGAAGAGCGAGGAGGACAACAGUGAUGAGAGCUUUAAGGUGGAGAGGGGCAAGAGGAGGAAGGGGAACAGAGAGAGGCACAGCGAUGACUCUGACACCUCGGAUGAUGACCUCCCUCCUAACGAUGACCCCUGCAAACACUGCGGCCUCCCCAACCAUCCUGAGCUGAUUUUGCUGUGUGACUCGUGCGAUAGCGGCUACCACACGGCCUGCCUCAGACCCCCUCUCAUGAUCAUCCCAGACGGGGAGUGGUUCUGCCCACCCUGCCAACAUAAGCUGCUCUGUGACAAGCUUGAGGAGCAGCUUACUAAUCUCGAUGCUUCCCUGAAAAAGAGGGAGCGCGCUGAGCGACGAAAAGAGCGGUUGGUCUAUGUUGGAAUCAGUGUUGAAAACAUCAUCACUCCCUCGUUGGAGGUAGAGGAAGAAAGGGAGGAAGAGGUGGUAAAGAAGGAGAAGAAGGAGCGAACCAAGAGCUGGGGUCGAAGGUCCACAAGGGCAAAGAAAAGCAUAAGCUACAGGUUUGAUGAAUUUGAUGAGGCUAUUGAGGAGGCAAUUGAAGAAGACAUCAGAGAGGCUGAUGGUGGAGGAGCUGGUCGAGGCAAGGACAUGGCCAACAUCACAGGCCAUAGCAGAGGGAAGGACAUGUCCACUAUCCUGGCAGCAGGAGAGGGUGGCGAGGGCAAGGAGAAUGGGUGCCUGCCGCGGCCCAACGCCAGCCAGCGCAGGAAGAAGCGCCGGCGUCUCAACGACCUGGACAGCGACAGCACUAUGGAGGAGGAAGAGAGCGAGGACGAGUUCCGUCUCAGUGACAGUACGGAGGAAGAGGAGUUUGUGGCGUCGGACAAGAGCGAUGCAGAGAGCGAAGUGGCAGACGACUCCAAUGACGACAGCGACUUCGGCAGCACACAACGCAGAACCGCCAGGACAAGGAGGCCAGCCAAACGUCAGAGGAGUGCUCAGCCGCGACGGCGCCGCACACCACGAAGGUACUCAGACGAUGAAGAGGAGACGAGUGAGGAAGAAAUGGUGUCGGAGGGCUCCAGCGAGUUCAGCGAUAGCGACCUAGACUGUAGCCGACGCCGAUCCCACCGGAGUCAGACGACGAAGCAGGUCAACUACUGCGAGUCGUCCGGAGACUCUGACGGCUCCAAGGCCAACACAAACCGUGACAAAGUCAAACCGUGGCGGGGCCUCGCCAGUUCAGACAGCGAAGCGAGCUCCUCCAGAGGCUCAGAUGACAGCGAGAGGGAGAGGACUAGGUUAAAGAGGAGGGCCAACUCGUCCAAAAAAGAAUCCCAACAGCACCACAGACGACUUUCGCUGAAACGGCGGCGAGCCUCUGAGGAGGACGAUGACGACCACGAUUCCGAUGAAUCAUCGGAGGGAGAACGUCCUGUCCGCAAGCGUGUGAACCGCAUCGACUCGGACGACUCUGACAAGGAGGAGGAGAAGGAGACGAAAGAAACCAGGGAAGAGGAGGAAGGGGGAGUGCUGGGGAAGGGAGCCAGCCCGUUGGACUACGGCUUAGUGGAGCUGCAUCCCCCCACCAAUGGACAGAGUCCCAUCAAGGCCCUAGAGGGCCUGGCUCACAUUGGGCCCCAAAAACCUGGGGCCACAGCUGUCGCCAUAGCGCCCAAUGGACUGGAGUUGGCACCACAGGAUGAUGAUGAGGAUGACCUGCUGGGGGUCACAGACCUGGUGGACUUUGUCUGCAACAGUGAUAUGUUGUAAAAACCCAAGUUGUACAUUUGUUCUUUUCUGUAGUAUUUUUAAAAAUGUUUCUGUCCUGUCCUUAUUAUAAAACUGUUUUAUUCAUCCUCCUUGUCCCCCCCAUUAGUAUGACCCCAUCCCCAUCCAUCUGUAUGAACUGGACAUCUUAUGGGGAGAAAGUUCAUUGUCUUCACACCUUUCGCAGUGUGAUUGUACAGUCAUUGAGAGCACUAACUCCGAAGGUUGUUAAGUGGCACGUUACAUUGCAUUGUCUUAUCCUCUGUACUCGGUCACCGAUGGACAUGUGGGUCAGAUACUUGACCGUAAAUAACACACAAAUCAACCUACCUGUUUCUCCAGCCAACUUCUAGGGUUGUCUACUCAGGGGUCCAUCCACUACCCCCACAUACAAAGAGUCCAUCUCCCCAAUUAUUGGUUGUGUUCAUUAGGCCCCAAACGGUUGAAAACCGACAGACCGAGAGGGACUACCUUGCCUUGUCCAUUUAAGAAACGCUGAUUUUCUGUUGUGUGACCUAAUGAAAAUGACCCAUGACUUCCUGUUCUGAGAGGCACCUCUCAGUAUUCCUGCCUGGCAAAGGACAUUUUCUUGUAUGACAUGAAUUGUUUGUUGGUAGGAUGUAAAUGUGUAUUGUUGUUCAACAUUUUUAUGAGAAUAGAUGUCAGGGGUCAAACUGCAUUCCAUUUAUGACUUAAAUUAACAUAGUUUUGUGGAUCAACUGCUGGAAACCAAUCGUUGUUUUUAUCCCCCUGAUCUUUACCCCAAACUUUAAAUAUGAAUGUCUUUCACUUUUUUGGUAUUUGAUUUCCACAUUUUAAUCCUCUUACAUCGAUCAAACUAUUUAUUCUUUGUUUUGAUGUGUUCAAUUUUAUUAGUCAUUUGUUUGAUAAGCUAAACCAUUACACAGGUUUCCCACUUUCUUUUAUAGACCAUUUAAAAGCACUGGAUGAAAAAGCAUGAGCAUAACAGUUUAAGUCAGAAUUCCCAUAGGAAAACAUGAGACAGAACCAUCGUCAUCAUCAUGCUAGAAACAGACUGGGAGACCAGACCCACAACCGAGCCCAUACUUUCUAGAAAAUACAAUCUCCAAAAGAGUGUUUCUCGUGGAUUUGGUUAAUUGUUUUUACUCAAAGUAUUGAAAUGUUGUACUGCAGCCUAUAUCCCGUUUUUAUUUUUAUCAAACGUUCCCAUCAAGUGGUAUUUUUAACCGUUUUUAAUUAUUGUUACAAACACUAAGGCAGCUAGUUCCUCAGUGCAUCACGCCAAAUUACAGGUGUCAUCUAAUCAACAUUAAAAUGUGUUAACUACCACCACAUUGACAAGACUUUCCUUUAAAUGGAGGUUUGAGUGUAUUUAAUGUCACCAACUAGAGUAGACCAACCCUGAUCUUCUCACCUCUGUGCAUAUGUUUCUAAAAACCCUAGUUUAGCUUUUGUGUACGUAUAAAUAUAAUUUUAGUGUGUGCUGCCAACACUAUCAAUGGAUUAAAUGCCCAUGUUUUAGACUUUUUUUAUAUGCUAAUAUUCGAAGGGAUUUGUUUAUGUACAGAAUUUUCUGCCAACUUUCUCUGUUCCUCUCAAUAACCAUGUCAGCAUUUUAACCAUUAUUUUACGUAUGUUGUGUUUUUAUAAUGUAUUUCUUUGUAUAUCAAAUCAUCCACUUAUUGUUUUCCUCCUUAGCAAACCAAGUGGCAUACUGUUUCCUAUGUACCUUCUUGUCGAUACUGUAUGUAGGUUCAAAACCUUGAAGUAAAGGUACUUACUGAGUAUAUACCUAACUACCUGUCGUUGUUCAUCGACUAUUUUUAAAAAUAUUUUUUACAUUUUUAAAAUGUCCCCUGGUCUUUUCGGAACCCUCUGCCACCACCAGUGUUGAUUGUAGAGAACACUACCCUCGCUCUAGUCUUCCCUCUACAUCUUACUGCAUCAACUGGAGACUAAAUAAACGUCUCCGAUCUCAGAAUGCCUAUCCUUUGUCUGUUCUCAAAUAUGAGCUCAUUUUGGCUUAAGGGUUCCAUUUUGAGGUCAGGUUAAAUCCCUGCCUUUCUGGGCCUCUGUUCAAACAGUUUCUCAGAGUAGGACUGCUGUCCAUAUUAUUCAGAAUGAUCUAAAAUGCAACUGAUCCUAUAUCAGCACUCCUACUCUGAGACUGAAUACAGGCUCUGGCCUUGAAUCAAAAUAAGAUUAUGGAUAAACGACAUGCUGGAUUAAUCUUUGUUAGGGAAUGAUAUACCAGAAUGCAACUUGUUUGGGGGAAAUGGUUCAGACCAUAAAUUGACCUCUAAUGUUAGUGUGUAUAUCUAGUUUUUGCUGUAAUGUAUAUUUAGAGGCAUUUUCUUUUAUGGAAAUAAAUAUAUUUGGCAAUUAUUUAUGAUUGCAUUUAUGAUUGCAUUGUUUAUAAUAGUUUUCCUUGUAGAGGGGUUGUGAUAUUGGCACCACUGUUUUGUAAUGAAUUCAUUGGAUAUCUGGCAUGUUUGUUGGAUGUUAUUUUGUUAUGUGCAGAUGCGUUGGCCACCUUAAGGUUUUACAAGGUUCAAUAGUCACAGACCUCUAAACUCUUUUGCUCAGCAGUGUUCCUUGUGUCUUGCUCCUGAACAAGAGAGCAUGAACCAACCACUGGAGGCACGGACGACACCUGGCAGGACUGAUGAGUUGUGUUCAGUAAGCAUAAAAUGGUAGAAAACAGAGUGAAAUGGGGAGGUGCUAACUGAACUUGUCCAAUAUGAAGCCCUUGUUUUAAUUUUCAGUUGUGCCCCAAUGAACAUGACCCUGGACACAAAGGUGGCCAUCGUCAGAAUCAUGGGAAAAGUUCAAGAUAAAUGCGCUCUAAUUAAGAAAUUAAGCCUACUUGUAAAUUUGUCUUUUGUAAAGAAGUGUUGGCAUGUGUUCAUCAUCAAUGGUAAACUUCUUAUUAGUCUUGGUUAAUCACACAAUGUUUUUAAUACUUCCGUGUGAAGGAAGGCUAAUUACAAAUCAUUUCUGAGCUGCCUGCAAUGCAGUCCACGAACAUGAUAAUAUUGACUUGAGUUACCGCACCAUUAGUUGGACUGCUCCAAAGCGUCUACUGGCAGUUGCAUUGUGGGAAUCAUAUGCAGAUGACUUGGGUUAGUUUACCAUCGUUUUGGGAUGAAAAAAAAUUCUGAUUUCUGAUGUAAUGUUUUCAAGAGAUUACGUUUAUCACCUGUAUUUCAUGAGUAUGACAUGGUGGACCUACUUAAUUUUAAAUGACAAAUCUGUUGGAGCAAAUGAUCAUAUUAAGGUACACUAGUUGGGAGGGGCAGUCUGACACACAGGCAGUCCUCUGCCAGGGGGAAGUUGGUGCCAAUGAUUCAAAAGUGUUUGUUCCUUAUUAUUGUUUAUUACAGGUAGAAUUGGAAGACUGGGGAGACAACUUAUACUGUAGGUCUGGUAUAUCAACAUUAGCUUGUAGAUUGGUUUUCUAUGUUUUGUCUGUUACUCUUCAAUACCUUUUUGUUAACUUUACUCUAUUUUCUUUCAUAUUAAUACGAUCUGUACAUUUGUCAUAAUAAAAAGCUUUUUUAAACAAGGAA